GAAGAAGUUCACUAUUGUGGCUAGCUUCACACAGGUGGAAGAACGGACCAUGAAAAGAUAGAUAUGUUAUAAUCGUGGAAAAUCUGAACUACUUAUAUUUUCUAAAAUGAAAUAGAUCAGAGUAAUAUAAUACGUGUAAAAGAUUGCGAAUCUAGAAUUGUAUUUGAACAUUUACAAACUUGACAAGAACCAACAAACCAAACGGUCGAGUCUGGUCGAAGUUAGCUUGUUCGGCUAAUCAGUUAGCUAGCUAGUCAACUAUCAAGAAAAACGGUUAAACUCCAAACAAAAACUAAAAAAUGAUCGUUUAAACAUCAAAUCGUUUCCUUUUAGGAAUUAACUUUUGAGCUACGGAUGAAAAAAAAAAGUGUAAGAAAAUCCCAACUCGUGAAGAAACACAACAGCUAACAGCUACAACUGUAAUGUUGUUGGGGCAACGGGGACUGGUUCUCCGCUGUGGCAACCCGUCGGUGUGUCGACGCUGGACACCUUGGGUUCAGUGGCGACUCGGGGGUUUCUUUUUCCUGCUGUUGCUGGAAGGGACCUUGUGUCUCGCCAACCCCAGCAUUAGCACUGUCUCUGCUCUAGACAUCAACAACCACCCCAGUGUCAACGUCUACAUGAGUGAGGAGGAGGUCAGCAAGCUUUUGGGUCUAGAUGCAGAGCUGUACUACGUGAGGGAUGACGUGGUAAACCACUAUGCGCUCUCAUUUAUCCUGCCUGUACCCAGCGAGACCAACAGCCUGCACUUCACCUGGCGCUCCAAGGAUAAGGUUGAUUACAGGAUGGGUUUCCAUGUAGACAAACCUGCAGCUAUGAACCAACCACAGAGCAACAUCUCUGCCCAGGGGGAGGUGCCUCGCACAGCCUCAGGUCUGUCAACCAAUCAUCACUUCCCAUCCUCCACUGUGUUCAGAGUGGACCUGUUCUGCUCAGGGAAGGUAGAUGGAGAGGCGGUCCUGACGGUACAGCUCAACCUCACCAGCCACUCGAACAACUUCACAGUCCUCAACUUCAAGAGGAGGAAAAUGUGCUACAAACGAAUUGAUUCUGAUCCGAAGAUUACACCGGUCUCCAACAACAAGACCAUUCAGAGGCCAGAGAAUGGAGUGUCCAUACCUACCACCUCUACCAGGGUGUUCUAUAUCAGUGUUGGGGUGUGCUGUGCUGUCAUCUUCCUGGUGGCCAUUGUCUUGGCCGUUAUGCAUCUACACAGCAUGAAGAGAGUAGAACUGGACAACAGUGUUUCAGACAGUGGCAGUUCCCAGGGCCUGUCCCAGCCGUCUACCCAGACCACCCAGUACCUGAGAGCUGACACACCCAACAACGCCAGUGCUGUCACCAACCAUCACCCUGGCACUGCACCCGUUCUCCAGCUUGCUGCCGCCACCUUCCCAAACCCUGAAGCCCCCGUCCAUGAAACCAGAAGCUACCCGUCACUGCGUAUUGAGAAGAACGACCUGAGAAGUGUUAGUCUGCUUGAAGCCAAAGCCAAGGUCAAAGACAUCUCCAUCUCCAGACUGAGAGUCACUCUACGGGACGUCCUGCACGAAGGAACAUUUGGCCGCAUCUUCCACGGUGUUCUGUUGGACGAAAAGGACCCGGCCAAGGAGAAAUGUUGCUUUGUGAAGACAGUGAAAGACCAUGCCUCUGAGGUGCAGGUGACCAUGAUGCUGACAGAGAGCUGUAAACUACGAGGGCUUCAUCACAGGAACCUGCUCCCAAUCAGUCAUGUGUGUACAGAGGAAGGAGAGAAGCCGAUGGUACUACUGCCCUAUAUGAACUGGGGUAACCUCAAACUGUUCCUGAGACAGUGCAAGCUGGCCGAGGCCAACAACCCACAGGCAGUCUCUCAGCAGGACUUGGUCCACAUGGCGAUCCAGAUCGCAUGUGGGAUGAGCUACCUGGCCAGGAGAGAGGUCAUCCACAAAGACCUGGCCGCCAGGAACUGUGUUAUUGACGACAGCAUGCAGGUGAAGAUCUGUGACAACGCCCUGUCCAGAGACCUGUUCCCUAUGGACUACCACUGUCUGGGAGACAACGAGAACAGGCCGGUCCGCUGGAUGGCCCUGGAGAGCCUGCUCAACCAUGACUUCUCUAGUGCUAGUGAUGUGUGGGCGUUUGGCGUGACCCUGUGGGAGUUGAUGACCUUGGGACAGACGCCCUACGUGGACAUCGACCCUUUCGAGAUGGCAGCCUAUCUGAAGGACGGAUAUAGAAUAGCACAGCCAAUCAACUGUCCUGAUGAACUGUUUGCAGUGAUGGCCUGUUGCUGGGCCCUGGAUCCAGAGGAGAGGCCUAAGUUCCAGCAGCUGGUCCAGUGUCUGACUGAGUUUCAUGCAGCGUUGGGGGCAUAUGUGUAAAAAUCUAGCCCCAGGCUUCUGUACAGACCAGGCCCGAAGGACCAGCAGGCCCAGGAGUUACUGGACAGCACUAAUCACAACGAGGAAUACAUUUACAAACCUUUAUGCCUUGUAGAAAAGAAAGAAGACUUUCAUUAUUAUGAGAAUUUAUUUUCAGAGUGAGGUUUCUAUAAUUUGUGCAAAAGCUUCAAACGGAUACUCUUUGAGGUCGUCACAUUUCCCAGCAUACCUCACAAGCUUCCAGAACAGACCUCUACCCUCACUAGGAAACCUGGACCCACAAGGACGUGACCUCUUUUGGAAGAACCUAAGAAGCGUAUAUGUGCCAACAAGCUGUUGCCACCAUUUUCCUAACAACUACACUUUUGAGGACUUGUUUGUAAAGACAUUUUUUUUUCCUGUUUUUUUAUUUUUAUUUUUUAUCUAAGAAAAGAGAUGUACAUUUAUUGUUGUAGAUCUGUGGUUUUCAGUGAGAGGAUGAGUCCGCAGUAGACCAGUGAGCGGAUGAGUCCGCAGUAGACCAGUGAGAGGAUGAGUCCACAGUAGACCAGUGAGCGGAUGAGUCUACAGAAGACCAGUGAGAGGAUGAGUCCACGGUAGACCAGUGAGAGGAUGAGUCCACGGUAGACCAGUGAGAGGAUGAGUCCACGGUAGACCAGUGAGAGGAUGAGUCCACGGUAGACCAGUGAGAGGAUGAGUCCACGGUAGACCAGUGAGAGGAUGAGUCCACGGUAGACCAGUGGCUUCAUGUAUAGUAGUAGGGAAUUCACAUCUUCACCUCAUACACUAUGUAGGGAUUUUGGGCUGCAGAUGUGUACUUAAAGACAUGCUGGUUCACUCUGUCAUGGUACGAUAAACUCAAGGUUUGUACGAGAGGCCUCUAGGGGGGUGGGGGGCUGGGGUUGGAAGGCCUAAGCAGCUCUGCUGGACAUAUUGGACAAUGACAUGUGGACUGUCUCUAGUUCAACACAUCUCUACUGAAGGACCUAUUGAACAUUGUGCCACACGUUAGUUUUCCUUAGGAGACGUGCCAAUGGAGCGUUAGCAUAGCUGAGGACAUUGUUGUGAUCUCCUCCGCAUCCAUUUACCCAGUAGCGUGCACCAGACUGGAUGAUAUAGGCCUGUUACAGUACACUACAUACCCAGAUGGGAAAUGAUUGGUUUAUGAGUUGUUUCCAAUCAUUGGGAAGCUACCCAUUGUACCCCUUUUGAAAAUCGCAACGAUCAAGUUCACGAUCAGUCAUUUCCCCCAGAUAUUUAUCUAACAGGGUUGUCGUCAUGAAUAAUAUUCUCGUGUUUUUAACUUUUGACUGUUCUGUGUCAGAACAAAACCCAGCUACCAACCACACACAUUGUUUUGACAAUGACAAAAGUGUGAAUUUAUACUCGGACACUAUCCACUGUGAAAACAGAAUUACGUGCCAAUCUGACAACGGCAUUGCUAGAUCUGGUCCGAGGCGCUCCGUGCUGCUUGCUACGUGCUGCUUGCUCAUGCUGAGCCUUCAGCAAACAGCAGGUAAUGACCUGGACCAGAGCUACCAACAUGGCCUCGUCUUAGAUCUGUAGGAUGUCUACAGGGAUCACUGCAUGUUGAAUUUAAAGAGUGUUCCAUCUGUAAACUGAAUUCAUACACACAACAAAAAAAUUAAACUAAUUUGUUCUGA